CUUCGAUUAGUUUAUAAUGGGUAACACAUAUGCUCGAGCUGUCCAUCCCGAUGUUACACCCGGACCAGAUUGUGUUCCCACCUUCGAUCCUCUGUUGGGUGCGCCAAAUCGCAAAGAGCGUGUUAUGAAGGCUACCACGGAUGAAAUGAUUUCAGCAAAGUUGCCCUUGGCAGAUCGCGACUAUUGUGCCGACAAAUUACUGAAAUACCGUGCAUGUCGUGCCGAUGUCUUUCCAUUCCUUUACAAGUGUCACCAUGAGAAACAUGAGUACAUGACAUGUGAAUUCGAGGACUAUGUUUUGCGUAUGAAGGAAUUCGAAAGGGAGCGAAGAUUGCUGGAACGCCAAAAGCGAUUGGAAGCUGCUGCAUAA